UUCUAGCUUCAAAAAUCGAACCCCAGCAAUCAGAGAACAUCAAUUAAUGAGCCAGGACGAUGUGUCUAGGAGAUGCCAGCUUCUGGAAAUGAGAAAGGGAGAGUACGAUAGGAAAUCUGAUCUAUUGGCUGGACUGCAUGGAAGGUAUGAGGAAACAGACCUAAGAGACUUGUUACAAGGCACAGGCAAUUGGUGAUGGAGCCAAAUGAAAAUCUUCCCCUGGAGCCCAGCCUCUGGGUGGCCCAGCAUGGAGGCAGCCACAGCUCCAGAGGCGGCCUUAGGACCCACACUGAAGGAGAAAGAAGCCAGCCCAGCAGAUGCUGACGGACCUCAGGCUUCACCCCGGCGGGGGGCUGGCAGCCCCCUUCCCCAGCUCCUGCCCCCCAUAGAAGAGCACCCCAAGAUCUGGCUACCUCGGGCCCUGAGGCAGACCUACAUCAGGAAGGUUGGAGACACUGUGAACCUUCUAAUCCCAUUCCAGGGCAAACCCAAACCUCAAGCCAUCUGGACGCGUGAUGGCUGUGCCUUGGACACCAGUCGUGUGAGUGUGCGGAAUGGGGAGCGGGACUCUAUCCUCUUCAUCAGAGAGGCGCAGCGUGCGGACUCGGGUCGCUACCAGCUCAGCGUGCGGCUGGGUGGGCUGGAGGCCACCGCCACCAUUGACAUCCUGGUGAUUGAGAGGCCUGGCCCUCCUCAGAGCAUCAAGUUGGUGGAUGUCUGGGGCUCCAGCGCUACCCUGGAGUGGACUCCUCCCCAAGACAUGGGCAAUGCAGCCCUCCUGGGAUACACGGUGCAGAAGGCUGACACCAAGUCUGGGCUGUGGUUCAGUGUGCUGGAGCGCUAUCACCGCACCACCUGCACGGUCUCCAACCUCAUCGUCGGCAACUCCUACGCAUUUCGAGUCUUUGCUGAGAACCAGUGUGGGCUCAGCGAGAACGCCCCCGUCACUGCCGACCUGGCCCACAUCCAGAAAGCAGCUACUGUUUACAAGACCGAGGGCUUUGCCCAGCGAGAUUUCUCUGAAGCCCCGAAGUUCACCCAGCCCCUGGCGGACUGCACGACGGUCAUUGGCUACGACACCCAGCUCUUCUGCUGCGUCCGUGCCUCCCCCAAGCCGAAGAUCAUCUGGCUGAAGAACAAGAUGGAUAUCCAGGGCAACCCCAAGUACAGAGCCCUUACUCACCUGGGAAUCUGCUCCCUGGAAAUCCGCAAGCCUGGCCCCUUUGAUGGAGGCAUCUACACCUGCAAGGCGGUUAACCCCCUGGGGGAGGCGUCCGUGGACUGUCGGGUGGAUGUGAAAGCUCCUCAUUGAAGCACCCUAAGCGGAAAUGGGUAACUCUGAGGAAGGAAGCCUGUGGCGAGACUGUGUUCUUAAGAAGCUCCAGCACAGUGUCUGUUUGGACUAAUCUAAAUAAAAGUGUGGAUGCUCAAUG